UUCCCUUGUUUCCAGGUCUGACACAAGUGAGUCCCGUCUAUCUUUCUUGCAUGAGACAGUGAAGGAUUUUGAAGUCCACAAAAUUGCUUUAGAUUGCAUUAAAUCCGGAGAGAGUCCUGUGAUGAAUGAUUGUGAAGCCUUAGAUCUGGAGGACAUCCUGGGACAAGGCACUGAUGGAGUGAAAAGUAUUGGACAGCAGCUUCUUCUGCUCCAGGAUCAGCUAAAACAAGAAAAAGAAGAAAAAAGGAAAAUAGUGGAGAACUACACAUUGGAAAGAACACUAAGAAAAAAAUAUUACAACAUGGUUGAAGACAUGAAAGGUAAAAUUAGAGUAUUUUGUCGACUUCGCCCAAUGAACAGAAACGAGGCAGGGCAGGGUGGGACUGCUUUUGUGGAGAAAAUAGACGAUUACUCUGUCUCUGUGGAAACGCCUCGUGGCCUGAGGGAGUUUCAGUUUGACAAGGUGUUCGGUGCUGAAGCUUCCCAGGAUGAGGUGUUUCAAGACACCAGCAGGCUGAUUCAGUCCGUCAUCGAUGGCUACAAUGUUUGCAUCUUUGCAUACGGGCAGACAGGCUCUGGAAAGACCUUCACCAUGGUGGGGGACAAAGAUCAGAGAAACCCCGGCAUCAUGCCCAGGUCUUUUAAUGCCAUUUUUGAUAUCACUCGGGAGAACAGCUCUAAGUUUGAAUUUAAGGUUUCAGCGUAUAUGCUGGAGCUGUACAACGACAGACUGCAGGACCUCUUUAUUAGCCAAGCUGCUGAGGCCCAGGCACAGACUCAGCCCAGCAGCCAGACCAGACGAGUGGAGAUCAAAAGGACCAGAAAAGGAGUUGUGUUCGCUCAAGGAGCAGAGACAAAGGAGGCUUCCAGUGCGCAGGAGCUCUACGCUUUGUUCCAACAGGCCUGCGCCAACCGACACAUUGCUGCCACCAAGAUGAAUGUAGAGAGUUCCCGCUCCCAUCUCAUUGUUGUCAUCAUGGUGGAGAGCAGAAAUCUAACCAAUGGCAGCAUCAGCACCGGAAAGCUGAGUCUGGUAGACCUGGCAGGCAGUGAAAGAGCAGCAAAGACUGGUGCCAAAGAUCAUCAGCUAAAGGAGGCAAACUCUAUCAAUAAAUCCCUGAGUGCCCUCGGUGAUGUGAUCUCUGCCUUGUCUGCUGACUUGCCUCAUGUGCCCUACAGGAAUAGCAAGCUGACCCAGGUGAUGCAGGACUCUUUGGGAGGAAAUGCAAAAACCCUGAUGAUCGUCAACAUCUCCCCUUCAGAAUCAAAUCUAGAUGAAACUCUCACAUCGCUCAUCUAUGCAACAAGAGUGAAAGCUAUAACCAACAAUGCUCAGAGAAAUGUAGAAAGCAAAGAAAUUGCUCAACUAAAAGAGGUGAUUAUGAAGCUAAAAUCUGGACUAACAGUGGACGACGGGGAUGUUUGAACUGCUUGAAAACAUUUGUAAUUAAUCAAGUUUCAACAUUUUCUUGCAUUAUACUAAAUAAACAUUCUUUAAAAUGUA